GCGGCGCAGCCUCGUGGUGCCUUCUUGCUGAGGAGCCCCGAGGAAAGGAAGCGGGGCCCGGUCUUGGACGGCAGCCUCUCGCUGCCCUGUGCCGUCUACUGUUGAGCUGCCUCCUCUUGCAGUCCUCAGAGACCAGAGCGCCGGUCGUCCGACUGUUGCCCCGCGCGCAUCCGCAGGCAAGUCUCGUGUGUGCUCCCCGCCAUGGCUCAGCUCCAGACACGCUUCUUCACUGACAACAAGAAAUAUGCGGUAGAUGAUGUCCCCUUCUCAAUUCCUGCAGCCUCUGAAAUUGCUGACCUUAGUAACAUCAUCAAUAAAUUACUGGAGGCCAAAAAUGAGUUCCACAAACAUGUGGAGUUUGAUUUCCUCAUCAAGGGCCAGUUUCUGCGAAUGCCCUUGGUCAAACACAUGGAACUGGAAAACAUCUCAUCAGAAGAGGUUGUGGAACUGGAAUACGUGGAGAAGUACACCGCACCUCAGCCCGAGCAGUGCUUGCUGCACGAUGACUGGAUCAGUUCCAUCAGAGGGGCGGAGGAAUGGAUCCUGACUGGUUCUUAUGAUAAGACUUCUCGGAUCUGGUCCUUGGAAGGAAAGUCAAUAAUGACAAUUGUGGGACAUACAGAUGUUGUAAAAGAUGUGGCCUGGGUGAAAAAAGACAGUUUGUCUUGCCUGCUGCUCAGUGCCUCCAUGGACCAGACUGUCCUCCUGUGGGAGUGGAAUGUGGAGAGAAACAGUGUGAAAGCCCUGCACUGCUGCAGGGGUCAUGCUGGGAGUGUGGACUCCAUCGCCGUCGACAGCACAGGGACCAAAUUUUGCAGCGGCUCCUGGGAUAAGAUGCUAAAGAUCUGGUCUACAGUCCCUACAGAUGAAGAAGAUGAAAUGGAGGAAUCCACAAAUCGACCCCGAAAGAAACAGAAGACGGAGCAGUUGGGACUAACGAGGACUCCCAUUGUGACCCUCUCUGGCCACAAGGAAGCGAUUUCCUCCGUCCUGUGGUCAGAUGCUGAAGAAAUCUGCAGUGCAUCUUGGGACCACACAAUUAGAGUGUGGGACGCCGAGUCAGGCAGUCUUAAAUCAACUUUGACAGGAAAUAAAGUGUUUAAUUGUAUCUCCUAUUCUCCACUUUGUAAACGUUUAGCAUCUGGGAGCACAGAUAGGCAUAUCAGACUGUGGGAUCCCCGAACGAAAGAUGGCUCUUUGGUGUCGCUGUCCCUAACGUCACAUACAGGCUGGGUCACAUCAGUGAAGUGGUCUCCAACCCAUGAGCAGCAGCUGAUUUCAGGUUCUUUAGAUAACAUGGUCAAACUGUGGGAUACAAGAAGUUGUAAAGCUCCUCUCUAUGAUCUGGCUGCUCAUGAAGACAAAGUUCUGAGUGUAGACUGGACAGACACAGGGUUACUUCUGAGUGGAGGAGCAGACAAUAAAUUAUAUUCCUACAGAUACUCACCUACCACUUCCCAUGUGGGGGCAUGAAAGUGAAUGAUAAAUGUGACUACAGAGAUCCUUUCUAUAAAUGAACGCAGAUGCAGAAAGCAGAUUUUGAGAUUAAAGUUCAUAUAAUGUGUCACUCUCAGUAACAGUUAUCACUGUUUUUCUUUAUUUUGUAUUUAUUAUAUAACAGUUGUGUUUAUAAUCUAUAAAAUGUGGCCUGUAUUCUCUACAUUAUGCAAAUUCUUGAAAUUAAACUGAAUUUUGAAUUUCUUUUUAAA